GGGAACGCCCAAGAGGACCCCCAGCACACCCCAACAAGUCAUGUCCCCAGAAAGCCUUCCGUAGCCAUUUUGGCUCAAGGAUCCCCCCCCCUGGCUCAAGUCGCUUGGCGGAGGCAGCCGACGCGGUUCACACACACACACACACACUGCGUAGCGUGCCGAGCGCUGGGCUGCGAAUGUUCACAGGUGCUGAUGGCCCAGUCUCGGCAGAGAGAGAGACCGGCUGGCAGCCAACGUGAAAUGUCUCGCAGGGUUCACCAUUGAAUUGCAAUUUUGUUGUGGGUUUCUGGUGCUCUUCCCAGUCGGCAUCCUCGUGGCUGCGCUCCCUCCCGACGCGGAUCUCAUCGCGAAACUCGAGCGAGACUGCGCGGAAGGCAAAAUUCAGCCUGCAGUGUGCCAGCAAUUGCUCUCGGCGCUGCACUCGGCGUGCUCUUCCGCGGGAUCUGAGCAUGGCGACUGCAUGGACCUCCCCGAUGGUGCCCACCCGAUCAGGAUCAUAUUGGUGUGUAUUCUUGUUGCUUGCGUGUUCUGCCUGACCCUGUCCAGCGUUGUUCCUCUUCACGGCUACUGCGGGGCCAGGAACAACAAUCGUUGCUGCGUGACCGUCUACAUGGGUUUCAGUUUGCUGGCCGUACCGAGCUUCCUGGUUGGCCUCUUGCAGCACGGCGCGCAGGGCUUCUCGUUGUGGUCCCUCGUGUUUGGCUGCCUCGUGCCAGGCCCUGGCUUCUACUAUUCGUACAGGCUGCGGGAGAUCAUCCAGCCGGCGGCCUGGCCGCUGCCGUUGGCGGGCCAGGCGCCGCACGCGCCGAGCGCGCCGCCCCCGGGGACGGCCUGAGGCCACGAGUGCUGGACGAGGAGGUCCUCCUCGUCAGCGCAGGGGCCGACGCCCACAUCCGGGCUGGGCAUUCUGUUGCGCCCGUGCGGAUGAAGGA